AAUGAGAGUAGCGCAGUGAUGUGGGAGCCUCGAGGCCAGGGUUAGGGUGGAUCACCUCUCAGCAAGGAAAUAUGGCAAGAUCCAUCUCCAAGAACGCGCAGAGCGGAGCUCAAGCCGCCGCGGCAGUCUUGGCGCUCGGCAUUUCGAGAUUCAAGCGCCUGGACGCGCUGUGCGGUGUCUUCGUCGUCUUCUCGCUCGUCGCAGCUGGAUUUCUCAUGUCGAGCUCGUCUCCAGGGGAUGUGUUCUUGCCGGUUCUUGGGACCAAUCUUCUGACCGGGAGUAAAUUGCGUGUCGAGGAGGCAGAACUCUGGGAGCCAGAGAGCGUGGAUCAUGUCUACAUCCAGGACGUUGUGGCGCUGCCAGAAGAAGUCCUUCUGCUGAUCAAGACCCCAGCUUCGAGCGAUUUUCUUCGUCAGCGCCAGAGUCUGGGCUGCGUUCUCGGCGAUGGGACGCUUGUUAGCGUCCAGGGGAUGGAUAUGGACAAUCGCAGGCUGGCUGUGCGCUGCAAUUUCUCCUCCUCCUCCCAGGUCAAGAUCGGCGCUAGUGGAGGCGUGGUGUCCCUCACGGACGUAGACAGCGGCCGGGCGCUAGUUUCUUCGCCACAGGUGGAAGCUUUGCAGUGGAACUUUCUGGUUUUCGAGGCUGUGGUCACGCCACUGGACGUUCUGGUGUUCGCGAAGGGCAUCGUUACAAAGAGGGGCCAGCAGCGUCGUGUCAAGGACUUGAACUGUGUGUUUGGUGAUGGAGUUGAGAUCACCAAAGUCACCAGUGCUGCCCAGGAAGUCUUCCGCUGUGCGCAUCCGCCAUUGAGUUCUUGGAGGGCGAUUGCUGGGAAGAAAGUGACGCUGAGCGUGGACAAGGCUCUGAUGCCUUCGGUGGCUUACUACGAGCAGGGCCUCGGGGUUUGGAAGGCAGAGAUGGAGGUGACAAGGAAGUACUUCCUGUGCUCGUGCACCAUGGUUUUCAACGUGGCGAAGUUUCUGAAGGAAUGGGUGAUUUUCCACUCGGAGCUUGGAGUGGAGAGGUUUUUCUUCUACGACAACAACAGCGAGGACAAUGUCACCGCGGUUCUAGAGGACUUGAAGCAGUACAACGUCAGCAGGCACUUCUGGCCUUGGGUCAAAUCCCAGGAAGCUGGUUUUUCCCACUGUGCGCUUCGUGCUGAGGCGGAAUGCACUUGGAUGGUUUACGCAGACGUCGACGAGUUCAUCUAUCCGACCGCGUGGAUCAAGAAAAACUCCCGGCCCCUCACGGCACUGGUGCAGAGCAUGAGUUCCUCUAAGAGAGCUCAGAAGAAAGUUUUUGGUCUUUGGAGGCCGUGGCAGAGCAACAAGAUGACCAAAGUUGGCCAGAUCUUCCUCGGCUGCAGAGUUUUCGGCCCGUCGGGACAGAAGACACAUCCCGUGAGUGGAGUAACCCAAGGCUACACUUGCCGGACGAGAAAGCUCCAGCGCCACAAGUCGAUUGUGCUGCUGAGCGCGUUGGAUCCCUCGCUGCUCAACGUCGUCCACCACUUCCAGCUCCGGCCGGGCUACGCCAACGCCAGCGUUCCAUCGUCGAAAGGCGUCAUCAACCACUACAAGUACCAGGCCUGGGACGAGUUCCGGGGCAAGUUCCGGAGGCGAGUCUCGGCCUACGUCUCCGACUGGAAGCAGAAGAAGAACUUGGACUCCAACGACAGGACUCCCGGCCUCGGCACCCAGGAAGUGGAGCCUGUCAACUGGAAGCACAAGUUCUGCGAGGUGAACGAUACGAGCUUGAGGGACUACGUCUUGCGGGAGUUUUCGCAGCGUGGCAGAAGGGGUGUAAGGAAAAUGGCGUGGCAGUAGCAAGCUCCUCUCGUGGAGGUAAUUUUGCUGUCAAUUCUCACCCACGGAUCGACAGAACAACCGCGACAUGUUUUUGGUGGAAGCAGCGAAAACGAACAGCUUGAUAGCGACAACGUCUGCUCAGUGAAGAGAAGUUGCGAACGAUCGAACUGGGUAUUCAACCGCGACAUUUUGGGGGAAGCAAGCUUGAGAGCGACAACAUUUGCUCAGCGAAGAGAAGUUGCGAACGAUCAAACUGGGAAUUGAUUGCGGAGACAAUGCCUGUCAACCAACAAAGGUAACUGUCACUGAUCUUCCCAGUUGUCGAUACUAAAAUGGUGAAAAGUUCAUGCCAGAUCUAAUUUUGCGUUAGAACAAAUUCAAAUUAAGGAAUAUGCUCGUGUU